AUUCGUGAACAGCUGCAGUAGAAGAAUAAACACGAUAAUUAACAAAUAAUAAAAAAAAAUAAUGUCAGGUUUCCAGCAUUCGGUAAAAGUGCCCACACAAUACAGGAAGGUUGCAGCCAUAUUAAAAACUGCCUUGGAAAAUCGUCAGAAAUCUUUAAAAACAUUAAUUUAUGAAGAAAAACAUGCUCGCAUUGGUAGUAUGCAGGCUGUGCUGAAACAGUAUAUAGAUAAUCGUGGAGCCAUAGAUGCUGCUAUAGAACAAACAAAAAUUUUAGAAGAAAAUCCCCGUCUAAGUCCAGCAUUGUGUAGAAUUCUGGUAACUGAAUUGAUAUUUGGACGCAAAACAUUAAACGGCGAAUCGAAGCCAGUACAAACUGUACGCGAAUAUCGUGAUCGCUUAGUGGAAGCAUUGGGCGGUGAAGCUAACGCAACGGAUAGUGUUGCGACAAAGAAAAAAGAUCUUAAGCCUCGUUAUGUUCGAGUCAAUACGAAUUUACUUAGCAUGGAGGAAGCUGAUACCAUGUUGGCCAGGGAAGAGUUUCGUAAAAAGGAACUUCCUCCUUUCGAGAAUUACGAAGAUUUCUUGAAGGCCGUACAGGAUUUGGCUGAAGAUGAAUACAUGUUGGAUAUGCAUGUCGAUAAUUUAUUGAUAUUUAAUCCGAAAAACAAGCAUUAUUUGGCCUGUCAUCAAUUUACCAGCGAGAGGAAGUUUAUGCUACAAGAUAAGGGCACCUGUUUGGUAGCAGAACUUUUACGCCCGCCAGUCGGAUCUACGGUUUUGGACAUGUGCGCUGCCCCGGGCAUGAAAACUAUACACACCUGUAAUGUUUUACAAAAUCAAGGCACCAUCUAUUCCGUUGAACAAAGUCCUGAACGUUAUCGUAUUCUUUGCAAUAUGACCGAAGCAGCUGGCUGUAAAAUUGUUCAACCCAUUAAGGGCGAUGCACUCACCGUAACACCCGAACAAUGUCCCGGUGUUGAGUACAUACUAGUGGAUCCCUCGUGCACCGGUUCGGGUAUACAGAAUCGUUUGUCUCUGGAACCUGAAGAAAAAUGUCCCGAACGUCUUAAGAAAUUGGCGGGUUUGCAAAUCAAAAUGCUCUCCUAUGCCAUGUCUACAUUUCCGGAUGUUAAGCGUAUUGCUUAUUCGACCUGUUCACUGUACGAGGAAGAAAACGAACAAGUUGUCCAGAAAUGUUUACUAUUGAAUCCGAACUUUAAGUUGCUGAGUGGCAAAAAGGCUUUACGCAACAAAUGGCGUAAUGUUGGCAGUUCAGAUUACAAGAAAAUUGGUAAAAAUUGCAUUUAUACACGACCGGAAGACGAUUUAGCAGACGGUAUUUUUAUAGCUAUAUUUGAGAAAUGUAGCAGCAACAUAGGAGAUGAAUAAAAAACCUGUUGAAAUUUUGUCGAUUUAAUGUUUAAGAUUUUUGUAUGUAUAAUUAUUUUACAAAUACAUACAUACAUUUAUGUAUAAAGAUUUAUUGUAAAAUAAACAAAUCUAUGAAAAUUGGUAA